AUGACUGAAAGCUAUUCCAACAAUGAUGAUAGUGUUAAUUUUUUAAAAAAUUGUUCAAGGGAAGAUAUUCAUAAAAUACAAAAGGAUUUUUCUGAGUCAUCCUCAACACAAUGUACUGCACAUAGAAGGAUGACAUUAGCAGAAUUUACUGGUUUAAAUAGUUCAAAUAACAAAAUUAACAAAAAUUCUUUACCAACAUCUCCCUUCUGUCAAAAAUCCAGUAGUAAUUUAUUUUUAAAAUCUCCUAAGCUUAUGCAUAUGUCCAGAAGAACAUCUCAUUUAUUAGAAGUUAUUAAUGAUAGAGGAAGACGUGCUUCAAUGGGUGUUUUAAAUAAAAUGCAUAUAGGCUCAAAGUCUACUACAUCUUCUAGAAGAAAUUCUACUGAAGCUGCAACUCAAGAUCAACAUUCAUUUUUUCAUUUAACUGAAACUAUUAGUGAACAAGAAAAAGCUUUUUUAAAUCAUUUAGAUAUGUCAUGUGAACCAUCAGCUGUUUCAAAACUUCAACAACGUAUGAAAAAUCUUCGUAAAACUCUUGAAACAACUCUUCUUUCUCUUCCAACACAAACAGAUCAACAACUUCAAGAACUUCAAUCAACAAAAGCAUUUAUGAUGGAGGAGUUAUGUGAAAUGAUGUCUGGAUUUAAAACAUUAUUUCGUAAUGGAACAAAAAUGAUUAAUAAUCAUUCAAGUGUUAAUCCAAAACAUUUUCAAAAACAUAUGCUUAUUUUAGAUAGAUGUAUAACGUUAUGUGAAAAAAUUGGUUUGUAUUUAGAAAAAAUAAUGAAAUAUUCUGGAAAUAUAUUUACUGCACAAUUAAUUUAUGCCAGAACAGAAGAAUUAUUAGAGGCAAUAGAUGUUAUAUUAACUGAGACUGGAAAAGUUGACAGACAUGAAUUACCAGAAGUUAUUGUAAAAAAUAGUAAAAUGAUUGGAGAGGCAUUAAAUCAAUUUAGCAUAUUUGUUUCUGGAUUAUAA